UUUAAAAGUAUUAUAACAUAUCGUCAAUAGGUUAGGAUCAUAGACCACCGUAACUACUAGACGCAGCAUAUAAGAUAAUCGAGGUCACCACACUUAAGCGCCUUCAUACAAUAUUAGUGUGGAAUCGCGAUUGCUUAUUUCAGUUGUGCCCACAAUUACGAUCUGUGCCUACCCGUGUAUAUAUAAAACAUUUACAAAAAAUAAGCUUUAGAGGUGUAUAGGCGUUGUUAUAAUAUAAAAUGGUGUAUAAUACAACUCAGUUGUGCUGCUCGAAUCUUAGCAUUAAGUAUACAAGUAAAUUGCACCUAUAUCUGGUGACCUUGUGCUCUUUGCAAACUCUUCAUAAUGCGGUGUCUGUGUACUUGUGUAGUCUGUGGGUUAGGGUUAUGCCAAUCAAAUCAGCUACUAUUUAUGAAACUUCAAAAUUAUUUGUUACUAUGAAGUUGAUAAUAGAAAUCUCAUUUGUGGAGUCAUGCCUUGACUUACCAGUUUGUGUGAGAUUUAGCAAAAUUUUUAAAAUCACGAAAACAUGUAUUCCGUUAAACAAUGUCUUUUUUAUAGGUAACUAACCUGUUAAUAACAAUAACUAGACAUCUGCCACUGCUAUUGAAACCUCUCUAUGUGUAGAUAUGUAAACGUAUGAGCUUUGUUUUAAGCAUAAAAUAAAUAAACAUAUUAUAUUAAAAACAUAUCAUAAAAAAAUACAAUGUUACAUCAAAUAAAAUUAAGUACGUGCAUAUACUUGCUAUUGAAAUCCGAUUAAAAUAUUGAAUUAUAUUUUAAGUAUGCAAGUAGGUAUUUGUUAUUACUUUGAGUUUGCUUGUCUGUUUGAGUGCCUAUAGUCCUUUUUAUGUGCUGGUAAAAUAUAAUUUAUGCUUUUAGCUACCGCACCGGGCAAUUUUAGUAUGUAAAAUAAAAGCGCGGCGUUAAAGGUGAUAUGUACAUCAGUUGUUAUCUCGCACAACUUUUAUUUAAUAGAAAGUUAAACUGAUAAAUAAUAAAUAAAAAUAAAAUAAAAAUAUAUUUAUCUUAAGAAGUUGGCAUUACAAGAGAAGCAGUACAAUGAUCCCCACACGACAUAACAUUGAAAGAUCUAUGUAAAACAAAUUGAUUUGAAUAUGACAGAAAAUCAAAAUGUAGGAAUAUUUAUGACAUCAAUUUUAAGUUAGUAUAACCACAAUAACACAGGGUAUCUAAACUAAAGCCCUACUAACUUAAACAACCAUAGUGAAACAACCACGUCAGACGUGCACGUGUAGGUCCUUAAUGUCACGGCUAUUACGGCUAAUAAAACCUUCUUAUUUACUCAUUUUUCAAUGUUUUUGUGAUAAUGCAUGUAAAUUAUAUGCAAAUCAUUUCAUGUUACACCAUUGCAUACGAUCAGUGUAAUAUAGACCGCGGUGGCAUCAAGUUCGAUUUAAAACACCAUAAUGAUCUCGAAGAUACUUAUUUGGUCUGUCUUUUUUACUUUUGCUCCGACACGCGGGCAGCUACUCAAUCUAUUGUUGCCACAGACUGUGAAUCCAGCCAGGGUUUUGUCUGGAAACCGGACCCAAACAGCUGAUAAAGCCGCUGAUGUUUUCGAUGGAAAAUUUGCUACAAAUGUCCUCCACUUGCUCAGCAGUGUAACCAAGAUCGUAGCUAAAACCAUCGGCUCCGAGGAGGACGUUCUCGACCUUUUGGACAACAACAUCCUGACAUCUACGCGUAGUAAUUUCGUGAUAGACUUCGAUACCGGUCGCCGUAACGAAGACUGUCGACUCAGCUGCGUUCAACUUAUCAGAAAAUAUGGAUACUCAGUGGAGACUCACGAAACGGUCACUGAAGAUGGAUACGUCCUCACUCUGAUGAGAAUACCUAAUGACGGUCCGGUAGUAUUCCUGAUGCAUGGAGUGUUUGGAAGUGCUGACGACUUUUUGCUGUCUGGACCCGAUAGUAGUAUCGCGUAUUUCCUGGCUAGAGAAGGCUACGAUGUGUGGCUAGGUAACGCUCGCGGCUCCAAACAUUCUCGACGACACCAGUACCUAACGACCUCUUCAGCCAAAUUCUGGGAUAUUUCCUGGCACGAGAUUGGAUAUUACGACCUACCAGCGAUGAUAGAUUACACUUUGAACAAAACGGGCCAAAUAAAGUUAAGAUAUAUCGGAUUUUCGCAAGGCACCACAUGUUUCUGGGUGAUGGCUUCCGAGCGCCCCGCGUACAAUGAAAAAGUAUCUCUCAUGAUCGCAUUAGCACCUAUAGGUUACUUAUACAACAUAAAGUCGCCUUUUGCACGAGUGUUGCAUUUGAUUCCGAUUAUUAUAAACAUUUUCUCCUCGAGUGUAGGUAGUAAGCUUUACAUGCGACGAAUGUGUGGUGGUAAGGGGUCAAUGGAGUCUUUACUCUGCCAAUAUGUCGUAAUAUUUGUUGCUGGAUUCAACCUGGCGCAUUUGAACAUAACGUAUCUGCCGGCAGUCCUCAGUCAUUCGCCAACCAGUGCAUCGGUAAAGCAAUGUGUACAUUACGCGCAAGGUAUCGUAUCGGGGAAAUUUAGGAGGUUCGAUUAUGGCGUUACUGAGAAUAUGCAUCGAUAUGGGUCUCGAGAGCCGCCUGAUUACAAACUAACAAAUAUAAACGCGACUGUCGCUUUAAUUUAUAGUGAUGGUGACUGGCUAUCGGAUGAUCGCGACGUAGAGAAGCUUUUAACAAAAUUGCCAAAAGUGGUCAAAGCCUAUAAAAUUGAACGCGAAAACUUUACCCAUCUUGAUUACGUGUACGCUAAAAAUCCAAAAGAUUUGAUUCAUAAGCGAAUAAUGAAAUUGUUAUCUCGGUAUUAAUAAACUUUUAAUACAUCAGGUGCAAAUUUGAAACAAAAUAAAUAACCGAAUUAUUCACUUACUUUUUCUUUUUAAGUCCCAUUUUAUUAACCGUAUUAAUGCAGGGACUGGUCCGGUAUCCCCUUCGAGGGUUUUGGAAGGGGUAUUUCGUAUGGCUUUUCUUACCAAAGCCGUUGCUUAAAACUCAUUCAUUCGAC